AUGUUAGGCUACGAUUUUUAUGGUACAUCUAUAAAUAUAUGUAAAUCAACAUCAUUUUUAUAUUUUGCUGGUGGUGUAAUAGCUCUUACUUGUAUGUAUUUGGCAGCGAUUGAUCGCUAUUUGCAAACAUGCCGAUCAACUGCUCGACGAGAAUGGAUGACAUUAUAUACAGCUCGAUUACUAGUUUUUUCGGCUAUUUUAAUAUCUUCUGGCAUCAGUGUUCCUUUCGCUAUCUACAGAAAUGUUACAGCUAAUUCUCUAAUGUGUGAGUAUGUCAAUGCUAUCUUUAAACGCAUGGCAUCUCUUAUGUAUGCAAUCGUUGGUGUUCCGAUGCCGAUUAUACUUUUGAGUGUUUUUGGUUGUCUUACCUGGCAGAAUUUGAAAACAUCAGGUCAUCAUCAACGUACACGUUUAGCUACAAGUCAAUUCAAUCACCAAGUAAUUCGAAUGAUAUUGAUUCAAACAAGUACAGUGGUGUUUUCAGUAUUACCAGCAUCACUAUUGCAAGCAUAUUUUUUGAUCACAGGCAGGGGAAGUCAAGGAGUAACAGCUGUGGAUAGAUUUCUUCUUUGUAUUACACAGCUGUUACUCUAUGUACAUUCAUGUGCUUUGUUCUAUGUCUAUCUACUUGUAUCACCAACUUUUCGACGUCGCGUAAAAAUCAUGCUACGUUUUAAACGAUGUCGUUCGACACGUGUAGUUGCUUUUACAGAACAAAAUAAUGCAACUAGAAUGCCAACAAUCAUAUCAUGA